AUUAUUGUUUUGAUAAUGAUCAAACCUACAUUAGUAUAUGUACGUGCUAUGCACAUACACACCCCUCCCUACAUAUAUAAUUUGUUGUUUACUUUAUUAGGUUCACCAGUGAAAUCUGAAAAUCUUCCAAGCAAGAGAAAACUACCGAUGUCUGAUCCAAGACCUGUGGAGUUUAGAGAUCAACCAGGUUUCGAGGACCGUGCCCGCAGUUUUAUCAUCAAUUACUGUUCAAACACAAACCAAGACCUUACGAUGAAGUAUCUGUAUGAGAAAGCUGACAUACUGACGGCUGCAAAUGACCAUCACUAUCUUGCACUGCCACUCACUGAAUACUGGGUCGAUAAAUCUUUGCAUGUCACUGAGGAAUUCGCUCGCAUUUUGGAAAUCAAUACCAGAGGAAGGCACAGUGUCGACUUUGGCACAGUGAAAGAAAAUGGAGAAUCACUGCAUCUCGAUUUGGUGAAAUCUGCAAUGCUACAGAGAGGAGGAAUAGACAAAAACUUUGUGAAUCCAUUGUUUUACCUACUUCCUUGUCGACACCACCAAUUAUACAUGACAAACAAUAUGAAUCUGUAGCGAUAAAAAACUUUGAGUCAUUCAAUGGUGUAAAUGUCAACAAAUGUGGGCUGUAUGUGAUACCAAACCUUCCCUUUCUAGGUGCUUCACCUGAUGGCAUUGUGGGUAGUACAUCUAUUGUAGAGGUUAAAUGUCCAUAUACAGGGAGAAAUUCUACCAUCAUGCCCUUUUUGGAGUAUACAUUGGACGGUGCCAUAACAUUGAAGAAAACCAGCAACUAUUUCAGUCAGGUUCAAGGGCAGAUGUAUUUAUCUCAAACAGAUCUAUGCUAUUUUGUGGUGUAUACACAUCAAGACCUGCUGGUUGUACCAAUCUGCCUGGACAAAGACCUAUUUCUAGAGUCGAUGCUUUCCAAACUGGAAGUAUUUUACAAGAAAUAUUUGAGGCCUUACAUUGCAGGAAUCUUUUAAAUGAAAAAUGUCUGGGUCAGCAACCUUUGAAAAAGUUAUACUAAUUUCAUUAAAACAUUGCAAUAGUCUUAAUAGAUGAAAUUGCAAUAGAAAUUUAAUCUCACCAUAUCAAAGGUUUUUUGUUUUUUUUCAACAUUCAUGUACAUGUAAAAAUAAGCAAUAAAAAUACAGGACAGUAUAAUGGCAUUAAAGGGUGUA